ACCCUCGACGUGCAAGAAAAGUUUGGCGAUCACUUCAUCGCAGACUACCAGGCUGCUGUUUCUUUUAUCUUUUCCAGGCGAUGCUUUGCAUUUUGCAGGACAAUCCAGGCUCCUCCCCUGCACAACGUCACCCGAUCCCGAUCUCUCCCAAAGCGUCAGCGAUAGUCAGCAACACACUGUGGUGGCAGAUCAGCGGGGCGGUACGCAUAGCAGGAUAAAGCUAAACUGUAUUAUCCAAAAAAGAACGAGGAAAGGGGGCCACAUCCCACCAUUUCCAGAGUUACAGCAACUUACCCAGCCUGGUGUGCUGAUCUCUUCGGCUGGCCGUGGCUACAAACAGGGAGAACCGGGAACUUGAGCAAGUAAAACAGGCACGGUGCCAGCAAAUGAUCUGUUAGGUGCUGUGUCAGUUUUGUAGACGGAGGGAAAAAAAGCGACAUUUCUCCGGAGGAACUCUCCCAAGUGUUGGAAACUUUCCAGCGCAGCAUCGAUCGAGGACAUCCCGCCCACUUUACCUCUGAUCCACAAUCCUGGAAGGGGGAGAGAGAGUUCUGCACCCGCUGCGGUGGAUGGAGCAACAAAGGCUAGAUGGUUAAACUAGAAGAGCUGCUUUGACAAGAACCCAACUGUCCUUGAUCUCCUCGUCUGUUGUUCCCUAAAAGACUCCAUCAUCACGGCAAAUCUGCAGCCGCCUGGAUCUCAUUUUGGGGAUCCGUCCAGGUUCUACUUAGUGCAAACUCUCCGCCAGCCAGGGAAUCGCCGCAGACGUGAAAUUGAUGCUUUGGUACGGAAGAGCGCACCACAGAUCCUUUAGUUUUGCCAAAGUGUCCUACUGCUCAUUGAGGGAGAUAGACUAGUUUGGGCCGAAGUGGGAUUUGCAGAAGUUACAUGCUUGGUCUUUGUCUUCUCGAGUGAGCACUAUUCGUCCACACUCACGUUAUCGCACGAGAUUCCGGAUAGUUGAGGAGCCAUGGCGAUGUGUGUGGGGAUGUGGAUACUCCUGUUAGCACUGCAUGUCCAAGCUGGCAACGGACAGAUGGUACAGAUGGACCCCAGUAAGUCUGGCUUUGUGGGUUCACAAGUGGAGCUGCGCUGCAUUUUCAUCAACAGUAACCCGCCAGUCAAGAUCUCUCAAGUCACCUGGCAGAAGCUCCUCAACGGCACCAAACAGAAUGUGGCCAUUGCCAACCCAGCACUCGGUGUGUCUGUUCUCUCACCCUUCAAAGAGCGGGUCAGCUUCAAGCAGGCAGCGGUUCGUCAUCGUACACCCUCGCUGGAGGACACCACCAUCAUGUUCUCCAACCUGCAGCUGUCUGAUGAAGCUGCUUACAUCUGCGAGUAUACUACAUUUCCUGCAGGCAACCGGGAGAACAUGGUCAACCUGACUGUAUUUGCUCGGCCCAUGACACGUAUGACUUUGACAACGCCCACGAUUGUGGCCAGGGCUCAGAAACGCAAGAUGACUGUUGCCACUUGUGUGUCAGCCAAUGGGAAGCCACCAAGUGUGAUCAAAUGGGACACCAGGUUGAAAGGCGAAGCCACUUUCCAGGAGACUCGCAACCAAAAUGGGACAGUGACUGUACGGAGCAACUAUGUGGUGAUACCGAGCCGCGAGACCCACAGACAGAAGCUUACGUGUAUUGUGACGUACCAAAGUGAAAAGAUCACAGACAGCGUGGUGCUGAAUGUGCAGUAUGAACCUGAGGUGAAGAUCGAGGGCUUUGAUGGAAACUGGUACCUGAACCGUCAGAAUGUUCAGCUGACCUGCAGGGCUGAUGCUAACCCCCCUGUCACGAUCUACCAGUGGAAACUCUUGAAUGGCUCCCUGCCCAGUAAUGUGGAGAUCAAGAACAACACCCUGUUCUUUAAGGGGCCGGUGACCUACGACCUGGCCGGUACGUACGUCUGUGACGCUACCAACGGUAUCGGGACUCGCACUGGCACCGUGGACGUCAACAUCACAGAAUUCCCUAACAACCCGACAACUGGGGGCCAUGAGAUCCCGCAGGAGCAGCACAAUGCAGGUGCCGCCAUCGGGGGCGCUGUGGGGGGAGUCGCCUUGUUGGGCGUGGCGGCUAUACUGCUCUUCAUAUUCCUGCGCCGCCGCCAGCGCACCUUCAAAGGAGACUACAGCACCAAGAAACACGUGUUUGGAAACGGGUACAGUAAGGCGGGCGGCCUGCCCACCCACCCUCCUAUCCCCAAGAACCUGCAGUACCCAGACGACUCAGACGAUGAGAAGAAAACUGCCCAGAUCGGCAGCACCGGAGGGUUUGAAGCGAGCGAGCGUGAUUUUGACACCGAGCAAGAGGACCUGAAGAGGCCCUAUUUCACUGUGGAUGAAGGAGAGAGCCGGGACUAUGACGAGCGGACUCUGGCUUUCCAGUAUGACCCUGAACCUGAGAUAGCUGAUGAUAUGAUCUCUCAAACCGAUGGCUCUGUCAUUUCUAAGAAAGAGUGGUAUGUGUAGUGGCAUGCAACAACCAAAUCAAAUAACCCUUUGUCCCCCACCUGCAUUCCAUUGCACCUGCACCCUUCACCUCCAUCACGACCCUGCCCUCCCAUUUGUCAAACUGCACCCUUCACAGUCUUGUUCCAAUUUUGGUCAACCUAGUACUCCCUUCCCUCUGACUCCCCCCCACAUCAAACCCCAUCCAACUAAUCUCAAUUAGAAAAUCAAAUGUCUAUUUAAAGUGCUACCAACAUCAACUUCUCAACAUGACAGCAAUGAAUCAGUUCCAUCAGGUGAAUGGGCAAAGAAUACAAACUAAGGUAUGUAAAUGGACUCGUUGUCACUGACCUACGAGGCCAGAGAGGUGAUUGGUUGAUUAAUACUGGUGUAAUAUUCUUUUUCUGUAUUUUUUCAUGUUAUAAAUGUAUUAAAUGUAUAAAAAGAGACUGCAGGUUGAGGUUUUGCUGAGCACAUUUGUGAAAGUCCUACACUGGAUGUACAAUUUGACUUUUUUCCAUUACCAUUGCCGUUUUGUUAUUUUUAUAAUUUUUGUAUGAUUUUUAAGUGACCAGAGAAUUGAGAGUUAAUUGUCUGACAUAGUAACAGGUGGAGUUCUAAGUGGGGGUUUUUUUGUGGUCAAGUGUUGUGAGAAAGAAAGAAAAAAAAAACGCCAUACAGCACCUGUAUCAUUUUUCCUGUUUCUCACAGGGGUUAGAGUCCAUGAAAUUACUAAUUUCUGCAUAUUUACAGCAUAAAAAGCAGAUAUGUUAUGCUGUUUUCCAAAGACAUGCUUAGUAUUCUUGACCCCCUGUGUUCAUAUGCUUGAUUUGUUUCUUUACUGAGAGGGAGUCAGCGUACUAAGCCAUGUGGACAUGGCAGUAACAGAUAAAUAUCGAGUGUCUUCAAUUUUUUUCUAAAAUUCAAUCCCGUUAAAUGAGUUCGCACAUCAGAGUUACCGGGGAGAGAAGGGCUGUAAUUGCGUCACAAGCAUUCUACAUUUCAGUGGUGCAUCACAAUCACGUCCAAAAGAGGUUUGGUGAGUCUCGGUGUCCACAGACACCUUUAAUAAUGCUCUGAAAUGUCAUGAUUGUCACUUGACUUGACCUGUGUACAUGAGAUCUCAAUCUUACCACUAAAAUGAAAUGUGUUUUUUGUGUUGAGUUAGCGUAAUUAUGUAUGGUUCUAACCAUUCUUUUAUCAAAUGGAUGUCAGAGAAAAGUGACUUUGUAAUUUCCUAAUAAUGACUGUCUCUCCUUAUAAUUGUGUGACUGUGUACCGAAGAAUUGGCUAAAGCCUCCCACUUACAGCAACACCAUUUGCUAUGAGGAGUCGUCCAUGGACACAAAGGACACGGAUAGGAGGAAAAAGUCAAGUGAUGCUUUUAUUUACUUCUACAGAGAAAACAUAUUAACAUGUAAAGGGAAUUGAAUAUGAUGGUGGCCAUGCUGGAGUAUAAUAAGUCACCUGCUGCUUUCAUGAUGUGUUUCUCUUUUUUUUUUCUUUCUAAAAUACAGCUGGGGGAUUCCCUUUGGGGGAUUUUAAAGGCAUAUAUGGUUGUCCUUUCCUUAAGGUUGGCAUCUGAAUCUGCCAAAAGAGAUACAAUGGCCCUGUCUUAAGGCAUUAUAUGUAUAUCUGGCUUUUUAAAUCACUGUUAAGUGCCAGUGGAUGCUAGCAUAGCAAAUGACUUGUUUUUCUCCUCAGCAAAAUGGAAUUUGCUUCAAACAAAAAAAAAGUUCUUUGUGAAAUAUUUGGAUAAAAUAGAAGCAAAGGAGUAAAUUGGUGGUUAUAAACAACACAUCUGACUGGCUCUGAACAAUAUAAAUACAAUAUUAAGCCUUAUUUUAUGCAUGUUUUUUAUGUGGGAGUGGAUGUGCGUAUGUUGCUAUUUUUUCUAAAUUCCAGUGCGUUUGUCCUCAUUUGCAGCUCAAAAGACUACACUUUGUCAGUGUUGUCAGUAUUGACAGAGGUAUGAGUUUAUGGGCACACAGUACCCAGCACUAAUAUUGCAGUUAACACACAAAACAGUAUAUAAAUAUAUAUAAAUAAAGAAGAAAAAAAAAACAUCUCUUUGAGAGCCGAUCUCUCUGCCGGCUGGAGAUGUGAAUGUUUUACAGUUCAUGCUUGUCUACUGUAUGUUUUUAGAUGAGCAUGUUAAUCAUGAGCCUCAAUUUAUAUUGUAUUUUCGACACAAAUUAACAUUACAAAGUGGGAAAUAUCAUGUUCUUAUUAAAAGUCUGUUGAUUUCUGUUUAUUUUCAUUUCUGUUGAAUUUCAGUUUUUAGUUCAGUUUCAUUUCCUACAGCCUUAUUUCUGUUUUUGUGCAGUGUAUCCACUACAGUUUGAGAAUGAUACAGGAGGUUUGCAAAACAAACGUUUCAGAGAGGGGAAACAAAUUGACAGUAGCGGGUCUGCUACUUUCAAAGUGAAAAAGCUAAUUACAAUUUUAUGGCCUUUCAUUUAUUGUUCACAUACAGAUGAACUGCUUUGUUGUAACUUGUCAAUUCCACGUAGUUUGCAUCAAAUAGAGUGUCAUGUUAUCUUUUAUUCUUGCAUUCAGUGCCUAUCAAAGCCAGGAAACAUGAGGAAGUCUGAACAGUUGCUGCUCCAUCAAUUAAGUUAUUCAUGCCGUGGAAUAACAUAAAACAUAUAUUGAAAUAUGACAUGGACUACAAAACUCUUCAAAUCAGACAAAUGAUGGUUCUUUACUUGCAGUGAAUUUUAGUUAGUAUAGUGGGGAUGUUAUUCCAUCUGAGCUCCAGCACAAAACUAAUAUUGCAUCUUGUACUUGAUCUUUAAAUCGAUUAAUCUCUUAAAAGCUGUAUUCAUUACCAUUUUAAAGUGUAAUGCUAAAUUGUGAUACAGCACUUUUUCCAGUCAAUACUGGAAUGUCCUAGAUGUCCUACAUAGAUCUAACUUUUCUAAGCACAACAAUUGAAACAUGGAUCUAGUGAAAGAGAUUUAAUUUGUAAAUUUAAAUUAUUAACAGAUGCAACUUUGGCCCAAAGUAAAGAUCAACUCUAUCCCCCUUUUAAAAAGCACAAGAUUAAAGUUUCAUUUCACUUUUUUUCUGCAUCCUUUAUGAAACCACUGCCACACUUGCUUCUGGGACAUGUUGGAGAAAGAAAAAUCCUUCAGAUUUGAGUCGACAUUCUGUAUACUGGUAGAUAUAAACAUUGUCUUCAUGUUGUUGGGGUGUUAUGAGUUUCUAUUUUGUAAUACUGACUGUAACUUCAUUCCAUCCUAAUCUACUUUUUGUAUUCAGUAUGUUCAACAUUCCACUGUAAAUACUGUACAUAAGGUUGAGAUUAUAGUCGGGAUUUAUUUAGGGACAACUGUGUAGGGGCCCUGUUCAUGUAAAAUAUACCUAUUUUGACUGCAAACAUAGAGACUCGAUGAUGAAUAGAUGAAGUUGACGCAUAGCUUAUUUCCAAAGUCCCACCUAAAAAUGCUCCUGCAGUACAUUUUAAUAUGCCACUAGUGGCUUCACUGUCAUACAAAGGGGUGAUGCAUACAGUUUGUUGAUUUAAUGUUAUUGAAAGAAAAUCAAAAGAGAGAUAUUGUCUGUAUGCAGCCAUGUGAAUGUAUAUUUCUGAGGGUGUUACAAAUACGAAAAAAAAUCUUGUUCAAUUGUGAUGACCCAGUGAAGUAACUUGUAUUUGUUUUAAGCAUUAAAUGAGUUCAAUAGUCAACAAUUUUCUGUCCCAGUUCACUGAUUGGAUAGUGUUAUCUGAUUGACUAUGGUUCAUGUCUGCAACACAUUUCUUAUCGCUGUGUAUUGAUUUUGGUAAUUGCAGCUCUUUCCCAGUAGCUUUGAUCAGCGAUGUAUCCCUGUCGUCUCAUGCAGGUGCUUAUUUGGAUUUAUUUUUCAGCGUUAUCACUUCCUAUGAGCCUUAGGUGUAAGACAUAAAUGGUUCUGCCAUUAAACUUUUCUUUAGUUUUAGCUAUUAGAGACCUUGUAACGACAAUAUUUAAAUGAUGUUGCUCUGCUCCCAGAACAAAUGUCUUUUUGGUCAAAUCUUCAAAGCGCAGAGAAUGCUCAGGCAUCUUAAAUUCGGCUCUUCUUUGCCGUUCCAGUUUUCAGAAUUAAAAGGCUACAGAGGUGGAUGCAGUGCUAAUGCAGGAUGAUUCUCUUUGGCUGCAUCCACGGUUGGCUCCAUUGUUUGUUCUAUUUUUCAUGGCUGAGCAUGAGACAAAUCUGAUGAUAAAAACUAAAGCAGUACAAUCAAAUAUUAUUAGGAAAGGCCGUAUAAUUCAGACAGAGUAUAUCUUACUGGUGUGGAAGAAAAUGUACCACCUUCACAGCAUUUUUUGUUUUCAAAACAUUUUCCAUCACUCGGAAAAGAUAAUUUAAAAAAGCAGAGAGGCUCAUGGUGUAGUAUACUGAUAAUCAUUUUAUGUGAGGCUAACACAAGUAAAGGGAUACAUUUAGUAUAUAACAAGGGUCUAAAAUGGUUAUUGUUGUAGCUUUUAUAGCUUUUCCUUUAAUUUGAGAAAAAAACUGCCAGGCAGAUGUUGGUAUUGAGUUCACUGCUUAAUGAAGCUACAGUGAUAUGAUGAGAGAAACCCAGUGUAGAGCCAGACAGAUCUGUCUCAGACUGUGGGACUCAAGUGCAGACAUCUGCACCAUGCACAUUAAGAACAGCCCAGAGUUUGCAGCUGUUGCCAUCCAUUUGCUAAAAGAGCCCUUUGUAGCCCAAGGGGCUUUGAUGGCACAUAGGCUUUUAACAUGCAUGGCCAUCUAGUUUUUUCCCCUCCUAACAGAGCCGCAAGUAGAAUUCUACAACAUUUCCUCUAUCAAAGUGCUCUCAGGAUGAAAUAUGACUGGAUUUUUAUUUUAAAAUAUGUUCCUCAUGGGCCAUAAAUUUAAAAGCAAGUUUGUUAAAGCACCUCAUAUGUGAUGUCACUCCAUUUAAUAUGGUGUAAAAUCAGAGAAUACAAAUUAUAGAUCAUACUUAGUAUUAAAGACUACAAAGUCUGUGGAGAAAAAUAAUUAAAAUGAUCUGACUCUGCCUGCCAAUUCUCAAAUUGUAUUUUGAGUUCAGACUAGCAUUGUGUUUGAAGUUGAAUAAGUCUCCAGUAAUCACAAUGCAGGUCCAUGAGUUGAUGGAUUUCAACAGUGUUCUUGUGAAUCACAUUGCCGUUCAAAUUCAAGCUUCUUUUAGAGGUCAGUUUGAUUUUAUCAGUCACAAUUGCUCGCUAAACUCUGUAUUGGGCUCAUUUCAUUUCUAAUGUAGCUUGUGAUGGAAGAAACUCUUACUGUGGAUUGUUGAGCUGUUUAUUAGCUAAGAAUUGGAAAAAUGUAUAAAUCCAAGCAGCUUCAGGAAAGCAUAUAGGCAUCCAAUACUCCUGAGUCGUUAAACUACAGUGAUUAAAUGGUUAAUGAACAUACUGUAUAUGCAUGAGCAGUUCACUGGGCAGGAGGAGAGUUUUACUCAUUGAUCAGUGAGGUGGUUUUUAGCUGCACUAGUUUGUAGCUGUUUGUAGGGCAGUUUGUAUACUGACCCAUAUACUGAUAUGAAAAAGGGGGAAAUAUUUCAAUUUAAAUGGUUUAUAUGGUGGUUUAAAACACCAUUUAAAUGGUGUUUCAAUUUAAGGUCUGCUGUAUAUUCAGUGGAAGUUAUCAUGAAGUUGUCAUGUGUAAGUUACAUAAUGAAAUGUCCUCUCAGUAAGCAUUGUCGUGUUAUCAACCUAACCUCUGUCACAGCUUGCAAAAAACUAAAAAGUGCUUUGUUUUAUUACCAUGGUAUGUUUAUGCAUAGUUCUAUUCUUUCUAAUAGCCUUUUUUUGAUAAACAGAUUGUCCAUGGCUUCUAGAAGUGUGUUGUUUUUGCUCUUGUUUUCUGCCUGUUUUCAGUGUGUACAGUUUGAGGUCAUGGGGUUGUCAAUAAAAAUGUGUUACCGUAAA